AUGUCAAUAAAAGAUGAUGGACAGUCUUUAUUAUGUGAUAGGAUAAUUUCAAUGAGAUUUUUACCUGUUAACGAUGUUCCUAAUACAGCUCGAGUAAACCUUAUUUUGUAUAACGCCAGUGAACGACCGAUUAUAUACAAAUUCAAGUGUGAAAAGAAAGCAUUAAUUACGGCUGAACCGCAUGCUUCCGGUACAAUACCUGCUCGUGGAACUAUUUGUUGUUUAUUAAUAUGGCGGCGAGCACCGGAGAUAAAUAAUUGGAAAGAUGUAAAAUCAGCCUCAAUAAUAAUGAUUACAGAAUUCGAAGGUUCUGAUGAUCCAAAUAUAAACGAACAUACUGUUACAAAAGUAAAAUGUCACAUAUCAUCGUCAGCGUUCUGUGACAGUGCUAAACCACCGGAAGAAUAUAUCACCUUUAAAAGUUCUCUUGGUUCAGUAUUGUCACGAAGUCCAAGUUUAGAAUCGAGAAUAAUCACCCCAAUUGCAGGAGUACAACAUUUAUCAAAUACAUCUCAAACAACAUCGAAAAGUGUUGUGACAGUAAACAAACGUCCAUCAUCAAGUAGUGCUUCCGAAAAUUCGGCUGGAUUUUAUAUGGAAGCUAAGGGUACGAUUAUUAUUGCAUUAAUCAUUGUAAUCCUUAUCUUAUGUAUUCAAAUAUUUCUGCGAACGAAACCUAAGGCUGAAUAG